CAAAAAGUUCCCGCAGGGCGCCUGAUAGCAUGCUCGGCUCUAGCACCUAAAGCUGUCAAUGUGCUCCCACCGUGCCACUUGCAGCUCGCUCUGCCAGUUGCCAGCCAACAGGUGCCAAAGAUGGGCGUGGAAGACCAUGAACUUGUUCAUCCAGACGCGAUCUCACCAACCCUUCGAUGCCCCAUUUGCACCGAUGUGUUUGAAGAGCCUGUUUCAUGCAGCGCUUGUCAGCAGGUCUUUUGCAAGACUUGCAUCGAGCAUGUUUUGCUGACUUGCAAGCCUGCGUGUCCUACCUGCCGAGCACCUUUGACAAAGAGCUUGCAGCCUAAUUUCUUGGUGCGAUCUUUGCUCAACGAGCUUCAUGUGCGGUGUGUACAUCCGGGUUGCUACUGGACUGGUCGGCUGGAUGAGCGGGCAGCUCAUGGUACCCAUUGCUUGGCCCGUCACCUGCUUUUGAUGCAGGAGUGGAAGAUUCAACUGGAGAAUAUGCGCUCAGUGCUGGUGGAUGGGGAAAAGGAAAGAAGUGCAAUGCGGCGACACAUAGAGCUCCUGUCCAGCCACAAAAUGCAGCUGGAGGAAGAGGCCAAGGUGCAGCAACUGCAGCUCAAUGCAAAGCAGCACAUGCUAGACUUCAAGCAGCAGGAAGUGGACGAGUUGAGAUGCCAGAUCGGGCAAGUUAUGAAGCAGCACCAUGCUAGCCACUUUCAGCUACAUUCUUUGUUCCCACUUCUAUUUUUGUUUCUUUUUGUGCUACAUGUGUGGUUCUUCUAUGACAUUUUGCCAGCAGUGCUCGGAAUCCGAGAUUGUGUAUUGUCAACUCAAGUGGCCUACAGAGGUUGGUCAUAGUCUGAUGCAUAAAGCGUCGGCACGGGUGAAAUCCAGAUGUGAUUUCUUGGGGUUCCACAGGGCAGCUAAUUCAAGCCUGAUGAGCCUUCUUGGACUUUCUUCUCCCAGGAAUUGUGUUCGUAUCCAAGAGCUGUGGCUUUGUGUGUUGCUUCGUGAGUUUCGGUAUUGGGCAGAAGGUGUGUCCAAAUGGGGCAUUUUGUAUAGCGCAAUUGGCUUCGUUUUGGUGCAGGGCUUGGAACUUGGCGCUGCCAACGGUUAACAAAACUGGAGGUUGAUUGAGAGAGAGAGAGAGAGAGGGAGGGCAAGAGAGUGAGAGAGAUAUUCUCAAAUGAAUCAGAUGUGAUGACAGAAACAACUUGACGAAAUUGCCGCUGAGAGACUUUCCAAGCAGUUGGGGCACACCACGGGUGUGCCCCUCGGCGGCCCUUUAGGGCCCAUUCAGCGGCACGUUUGCACUUGAGGUCCUUGCACCUUCCCGCUGCACCCCAGCGGGCUGAGUGACUACACCUAUGUUUGGUCAGGCCCCACAAGGAGGCUUUGGAGGCUUCGGCAACACUGGUGGCGGCCUUUUUGGUGCCAACACUGGUGGGGGCAUGUUUGGAGCCAACAGUGGCGGUGGCAUGUUUGGGAACACUGGAGGUGGCCUCUUUGGUGGAGGGCAGAGCAGCCCAUUUGGGAGCACCGGUGGCGGAAUGUUUGGAGCACAGCCCAACUCUGGCGGCAUCUUCGGAGGCCAAGGCGCUCAAGGCGCACAAGGUGGCCUCUUCGGGGGCUUUGGGCAAAGCCAGGCUUCAGGAGGAUUAUUUGGGCAACAGCCAGCACCAGCAGGUGGCUUGUUUGGCCAGAGUUCCGGUGGUGGCCUCUUUGGUGGCCAAGCAAGUUCUGGAGGUCUCUUUGGGCAACCUAUGCAGCCUGCUCAAGGUGGCAUGUUUGGAGGUGGUGGCUUUGGGGGUGCACCUGGAACAACCACCAAAAUGCAGGAUAUUAUUGAUCAGGAAACUAAAUUAAAGUAUGCACACAUUGGCGUCAUGGACUGCUACAAGAACAAGUCCUUUGAGGAGCUACGCAUGGAGGACUACCAAGCCAACCGUUUACAAGCAGGACAAGGAGCUCAGGCAGCUCCAAGUGCUUCGGGCGGCUUGUUUGGCCAGAGCUCCAGCCCUUUUGGAGCCCAGUCCUCUGGAGGUCUAUUUGGAGGAGGCGGCCUCUUCGGUCAGACCGGUGGGGGCUUGUUUGGUCAGAGUUCAGGAGGUGGUCUUUUUGGCCAGAGCAGCAGCGGAGGUUUGUUCGGAGCAAACACAGGUGGUGGGCUAUUUGGCCAGAACACCGGAGGCGGCAUGUUCGGAGGCAACACUGGCGGUGGCCUUUUCGGCCAAAACACAGGCGGCGGGCUAUUCGGCCAGUCCAGCGGCGGUGGCCUGUUUGGUGCAAACACGGGAGGUAGCAUGUUCGGUCAGAACACAGGUGGAGGGCUCUUUGGCAAUACAGGGGGGGG